AUGGGCCCCCACCGUUAUUCACCGAAUAGCCUAGCCGCCGUUCAGAGCGAGACAGCCGUUGGAGCUGCAACACGUCCCUUCUACGCAGAACCACACAAGUUUGAUCCUUCCUUCAGAGGUCCAGUCUGCAGAAGAAGCUGCACUGAUGUCUUAUGUUGUUUGAUCUUCAUAAUAGUCAUCCUGUCAUAUGUGGCCCUGGGGAUAGUGGCCUGGUUACAUGGGGACCCUAGGAAGGUGCUCCAUCCAACAGACAGCUACGGCCAGUUCUGUGGUCAGAAGGGAACUUCUAAUGCGAAGAAACCCAUCCUUUUCUACUUCAACAUCGUAAAAUGUACCAACCCAGCUAUACUCAUCAACCUACAGUGCCCCACAACUCAGAUGUGUGUGUCACAGUGCCCAGAUAAGUUUGCCACCUACAGUGAGAUGCAGCUGCAACACAAACUCAGCAAGAGUUACUGGGAAUAUUAUAAACAGUUCUGUAAACCUGGAUUUAAUAACCCAGACAAGCCAGUAUCUCAGGUUCUACGAGAUGAGGACUGUCCCUCCAUGAUCCUACCUAGUAAACCAUUUCUCCAGAGAUGUCUACCAGACUUCAUCACUCUGAAUGGGACUGUGACUGUAGCUAACAGAACCAGGUUUAAUGAUGCUCUGGAAAUGCCACACAGUUUUACUGAACUCCAACAUGCUGCCAAGGGUAUAACCAGAUUAGUGGACACUAAGGACAUUGGCCUGAAGAUAAUGGAAGAUUUUGCCAAGUCUUGGGCAUGGAUACUCAUGGGUCUGCUGAUAUCCUUGGCCGUUAGCCUGGUCUUCAUCCUGCUGUUGAGAUUCACAGCUGGGUUGCUGCUGUGGACUACCAUCAUCACUGUCGUACUGCUGCUGGCAUAUGGUAUGUGGUACUGCUCCAUGGAGUGGUCCCAGCUCAGACACAGACCAGGCUCUGAUGUUACCAUUGCAGAAGUCGGCCUUCAGACUGACCUACAGGUCUAUCUACAUCUCAGACAGACAUGGAUCGUAUUAUUGAUGUCUCUGGGAGUGACAGAAGCUUCCAUCUUGGUGAUAUUGAUCUUCUUAAGGAGAAGAGUCCAAGUGGCUAUCGCCCUGCUCAGAGAGGCUAGCAAAGCCAUUGGUCACAUCAUGUCCACGCUAUUAUUUCCAGUCAUCACCUUUCUCUUGUUGACUAUUUGCAUCUCCUACUGGGCAGUUACUGCCGUUUACCUUGCAUCCUCCGGAGAAGCCAUCUACAAAGUGAUGUCUCCUGAUGUGAGCUGCCCCUAUGCCAACAGUACUUGCAAUCCUGAAACCUUCAACAGAACCAACAUCUCCAGAUCAGUGUUUUGCCUGGGUUCUCAGUGUCUGUUUGCCUUCUAUGGUGGGGAGACGUACUACUACCGCUACCUCUUCCUAUUGCAGCUGUCCAAUCUACUGGUCUUCCUCUGGCUGGUCAACUUCAGCUUGGCCCUUGAGCAGUGCACCCUGGCUGGGACGUUUGCUAGCUACUAUUGGGCCAAGAGGAAGCCUCAAGAUAUUCCACCAUGUCCACUCUUUUCAUCAUUCAGUAGGGCUAUAAGGUAUCACACAGGGUCUUUGGCAUUUGGAGCUCUAAUUCUUUCAGUUGUCCAGCUUCUGCGGAUCAUACUGGAAUACCUCGAGCAGAAACUAAAAGGUGCUGACAACAGCCUGUCCAGGUUCAUUAUAUGCUGUCUGAAAUGCUGUUUCUCGUGUUUGGAGAAAUUCAUACGCUACAUGAACCAUAAUGCAUAUAUCAUGAUGGCAGUCUAUGGUAAGAAUUUCUGCACUUCAGCCAGAGAAGCCUUCUUCCUACUAAUGAGAAAUGUUGUCAGGGUUGCAGUUCUGGAUAGUGUGACAGACUUUCUGUUGUUUCUGGGCAAAGUGCUAAUAGCAGGAGGAGUGGGUGUGUUUGCAUUCUUCUUCUUCACUAGGAAGAUCCCUGUUAUCCAAGAAGAAGUGCCCAAUCUCAACUACUACUGGAUUCCCCUACUGACUGUGUUUAUAGGUGCCUACCUGAUUGCUCACAGUUUCUUCAGCCUCUAUGCCAUAUGUGUUGACACGCUCUUCCUCUGUUUCUGUGAUGACUUCGAGAGGAAUGAUGGUAGUUCAGAAAAACCUUUCCUCAUGUCUCCAGAGCUGCACAGAAUUCUGGGAAAAUCCUGUCAGUUGCGGUGAUAGCAUGUCCUCCUAUCCACUCCACUCCAUCAGCAACCAAUUUGAUCAGUGUUAACAAUCUGUUAAACAGCCCUGCAUAGACUUCACCUGGCCAAAUCACUGACAAAUAUAACACUGGACAUUGCAUCUCUUUUGGAAACCCUGGAGUUUCUUUUUU